AUGAUUAAGAAGCUGGAUGGAGAUGGAGAAGAUGACAAAUUCGACGACACUGGUGAUGCGGGAGAGCACCUUAAAAUGUACGGCAUGUCUUUGCUACAAAGGAGAAACAUGGAGGUGGUGAUGUGCAAGUUUUUUCCGGUUAGCUUGGAAGGAGAGGCGAGAAACUGGUUCUAUACCCUACCCGAUGAUUCCAUAGGAAGUUAUGAAGUCUUGGUGGAGAUAUUCCUGGAAACCUACAUGCACAAUAACAUUGCUAGGCCAAGGAUAAACAAAUUGUUUACCUUGGCUGGGAGGUUCAAAGAACCUCUGAGAUCGUUGACGGACAGGUGGACAAAACUAUGCACCGAUAUCGGGAAGGUGCAUGUCGACCAACAAAUCUUCGAGUUCGAAAAUUCUUUAAGAAAUUCCGACCCUAUGUGGAUAGCCAUGUAUACCGAAAAGCCGCAAACGCUGAAGAAAAUGAGGAAGAUGCAAGAGAACUAUAUUGCACUAGAAGAAAUACAAGAAGGGGAGCAGGACAGGGGCGUCCAGGAAGCCAGAACAGCUGCAGAAACGACCCCUCAGGAGAUCUGUAGGCGAUCCUAA